AUGUUUCUUUUCAAGUUGCUUCGGCUGUUUGCCUAUCGCGUUCCCACCUUUCUGCGUACGCAGCGCAGUGAUGUUAACGCAGCGGCCCGGGUGUGUGGUUCCGAGCGCUGGGACUUUAGCCAGCUCCGGGGAAGUAAAUCCCGAAAACGCAAGCCGGCGUUCCUGAUUCCUAAUAAGUCUCAGGUGAUGCCCAUGCUACUGGUGGUCCAGGAACCACAUUUGGAAACUGCAGGCAUACCUUCUACCAGGAGAAAGCUUCAGUCACUUAUUAUUGAUGCAUUUCAUGGUAAAGGAUUUCAGAAAAUAAAAGAAUAUUUUCAACAGAGAGGGAGCCACAUUCCUCAAAAAUAUAAUCAUCUUGAAUUAUACCAUCUUGACAAAUCUAUAAAUAAGGAACUGGAUAAAAAUGAAUUUCAGUAUGUUUCACUGUUGCUGAAAUGUAUUCAGCGGUUCUUCAUUGAUGGCCUCAAAGAAGAUGAGCCUUUGCUAGUUCAGCAGGGACUGAUCCCAAAGAUGGCUACCUGGUUUGAAAGAACAGUAGAAUUUCUGACCAUGGAAGAUCUAGCUUCAGACACAUCCCUGACUAAUGUCACAGAAGACUUCUUUGACACAGUGCUGAUUAUUUCCAGGAGGAGUAGUAAAGGGAAAAUUCAGAUGUUGUAUUCCUUCAUGUUUACCUUAGGAUUUCUGGUGACAGAAAAGACAGUAAAUCAUUUGAUUCAACAAGAGGCUUUGAUGACUUUGAACAGCAUUUUGCAUGCUGUACCUUGGGAAGAGAGAAAACUCCCCUCAUCAGAAGAUCGGUGUCAUCUCAUGAAAGAUUUUGCAAGAACAAUCUUGACUGUGGGUGAUUAUGGCCAGCAGGUUGCUCUUUCUGAAGCAUUGUGUAGACUGACAACUAAAAAAUCAAGGGAUGACCUUGUCCAUCAGUGGUUUGAGGAUGAUGUCAUUGCUGAAGCUUUCAAAAAAAUUAAGGAACAAGAAUUUGAAACGGACAGUAGGCUGUUUCUCAAUUACCUAAACAACAGACUUGGUGACCAAAGAAGGGUCUAUUCAUUCCCAUGUAUUGCCGCUUUUGCUGAUUGGCAUGAGAUGAGAAAACCAGCAGAUGAAAAAUUAGAGAAAUUUUGGAUUGAUUUCAACCUAGGAAGUCAGAGUGUAACUUUUUAUAUAGAUAGUACAGAGAGUGCUCUGUGGGACUCAGUAAGACUUUUGAAGGAAGCAGUGAUUAAUUUCAGCAUAAUAGAAACUGAAAAGAAAAAGAUGUUCAUCAUUUACUUGAAGCCUAUUAAUAUUGGAAACAAGGAAGUGAGGAAAGUAGAAAUUCAUUUUGAUUUGCAAUUCAACAUAUCACAAGCUUCUGUUAAAGCUUUAGGAGAAGACAAACAGAUAUUGUUUGACCAGAUAAAAAUCUCCUCACAACUUCUUGAUAAGUUUGUAAAGGAAGAACCUGAGAGUCCUAUCAACCACAAAAGAGAGACAGACCAGGCAGAAGAAUCCACCAAGCUGGCAGCGUUAACGCCUGCCGAAGUUGACUACUGCCUAAUAACUAUCCCCUUAAACGACCAGUCUGAGCUUUCUCAAACAAAGAUAGCUGAUAGUUCACCUGAAAAAUUGAAACUGGGUGAUAUACAGCAAGAAGUUCCUUCAAAACAUGAGUAUUCUUCAGAUUUACAAGAGCAAUCAGGAAAAAUCCUGGUUCCUAAAUUAAAAGAUAAAUCCAGUAUUUUGAAGUUACAGUGUUGGCACGAUAUUGAGGUGCACCAGCUUUUAAACAGCUACUUUGCAUCUCUUCAGAUGCAAAAGUUCAAUUACAGGAGACACCUCUUCUCGGAGAGUAAUCAAGAUUCAAGUUCUAGUGCUACUGUACUAUCUUGGGACAUUAACAAAGACAGGAAAUCCCUAAAACCAUAUCCUGGUAGAAGAAAGACAAGAACCAGAAGUAGCUUAAACAUCUUGCCGCUUUUCCCUCCCAGUCCUGCCAGUGACCGUUAUAAAGACCAAGCUAAACUUUUAACACCAUUAUGGAAAGGUGCCUCCAGGCAAAAUGACGCCACACAUCCAAAAAUUUCUGAAACAAAAUUUCAGGGUAGUUCUGCCCAUUUAAUUCCUGAAACCUCUGCCCAGAAAACAGAACUUGAGAGCCCCCACCCACUGAGCAGUGUCUCUUCACUGGAGCACUCAGAAGAACAGAAUGUAUCUAAGACUGUAAACGAAGACUCAUUGAUGAAAAGUGCUAACCUCAAACAUAAACUGGAAAACCUGGAAGACAGAGACAUGUCGGAUGGUAGUUCUGCUAAGUGGAAACAGUCAAAAGUGGAAGAGGAUGGUGCUCCAGGCUCCCUUUCCUCCGUGACAGAAGCAGCAGACUUGGCAGAAAACAUUUCUACUCCACCCCUGGCCGUUGUGCCGGAGAACUUGAAUAGUUCUGCUGUUAUCACAACCUUUGAGAACUUCACUAGAGAACUGGAAAGACAAUGUGAGCUUAGGUACAGAAGGAGUGCACUUUAUUCAGAAUAUGCAAAGCAAGCACCGAGCUGCCUAAUAAAACUUUUGAACCAGAUACAUCACUGUAGGCUGAAUAAACUAGAGCAGUUUAACAAUAUUGUUCUUCGAGAGCUGACCAGCCUUGAGAAGGAUAUGCAGGCUCUGAAACACCUUGAGAAGGAUGUUCUGGAGUUUUGGGGGAAACAGGCUGCUGAUCUGAAAUCAUUCUGCGAUCUGCAAAUGCUGAGGCUUAAUGCAAUUCAGCCUUCCUGAAGAAAGCCA